UUUUUGCCUAUAUUUAGCCCUCCAUCUCAUGCCAUCUGAACAACAACAGAGAUAACGAUAACAAGAAAAAGCCAUCGGAGAUGAACUUGGGUUUGUUGAGCAUGGCGGAGGCAAGGUUGCCACCGGGCUUUCGGUUUCACCCCCGCGACGAGGAGCUCGUUUGCGACUACCUUGAGAAGAAGGUGAUGAACACAGCAAAUCACAGUAUGAUGAUCGACCUCAACCUCAACAAAUUCGAACCAUGGGAUCUUCCAGAGAUGGCUUGUGUGGGAGGCAAAGAGUGGUACUUCUUCACCUGCCGGGACCGAAAAUAUGCGACGGGGAAACGCACGAACCGCGCAACCGAAAUUGGAUAUUGGAAGGCGACGGGGAAGGACCAGCGAGUGAGCCGGCGAGGGGAGCUGGUGGGAAUGAGGAAGACCUUGGUUUUCUACCGAGGAAGAGCUCCAAUGGGGAAGAAGACCAACUGGGUCAUGCAUGAGUUCAGACUGGAAUCGAGAGAGUCUCCGCGAGUCCAUUGCACGGAAGAUUGGGUCCUGUGCAGAGUAUUCUGCAAGAGCAGGGGAAUCAUCACCUCCGACUCGAAGCCAAGCAUGGACUCCGUCGCUACAAACUCUUCGGCACCCCUCCCUCCCUCUUACAUGGACACUAUCAAGUUUGACAGCGAAGAAGAAGACUGGCAAAUAGCCUGCUUCUCUGGUCUCCCUUCCAGUUCGGCGUGCCUGCAAGACACGAGAUUACUCCAAAUGGAUGCGGAAGGCAGUAACGUGGGUGCGUGUCGUCGCAUGCCAGACUCGAUUUGUAGUGAUGAAGAGAUGAUGAAGGAGGCCGUGUUGGUCGGUCAUAUCCCCAAGCUGGAGGGGAAAACAGAGCAGGAUCACUUGGAGAGGUUCUUACAGCAAGAUGGUUGGUCUCAUAUGCUCAGUUCCUUCUAGGAACAUUGUAAAAGGAUCAAAGUAGAAGAACGAAAAAUAGUUAGUAGGGAUGAAAAAAUGUUCUCUUUAUUUUGAGAGGACAUGCAUGUAUAAAGAUGACAAACGGAAGGAGGAGGAGGAGGAGGUUGUAGAGGUUGUAUGGUUAAAGUGAGCUUUCGCAUAGAUGUGAAUAGUAGAUGUGUAUGCAAAUGAAGAGAAGGAAUUAAAAAUUCUUCUGUAAUUAAAAUCAUCAGCCUAGUUUUAAUCUCAA